AUGUGUUUUCCUCAGUUCCUACUCUGUGCUUCUGAAAGCUACAAUGACAAUGAGGAGAGCACAAUUCUGAAGGCAUCAGAAGCCUACAUGCUAGUACAGCAUUUGGAUGUUCUUCUGAGAGAAUAUGAGGCUUGUGAAGACACUUUUCAAUAUACACUUAAUGUGCUGGACAAUGCCAAGGGAGAAUUCACGCCAAAAGGCAUUAUCCAGUUUCUGAUUCCCUCUGCUAGUCUUCCUAUGUAUAACAAACAUAAGCAAUCAAAUGGAGAAGAGUUUAUGAAGGAGAACACUGAAUUCUUGCAGAGUGCCAAGUCCUGCCAAGGUCCUUCAAUUUUCAGUGUGUUUCAUGCGCAGCCAUGCAUCCACAUACACCAAUACCACCGUCUCGGCGAGCGGGAAGUGGAGAGGAGCGCAUUGCGCGUGCGCAGAGUUGGAGACCCGCCGGGGCUCUCGGUUUCCCGCCGCGCUCGCGCUGAUUGGCUGCCGGCGGUGUCGCGGGAGGCGGGAGCUGCGGGCCGUUGGGCCCUGAGGCGGUGUGCGGCCGGGCCGUGCCGUUCCGUGCCUUUCUUUUCUUUUUUUUCUCCUCGUCGGUUCUCUCCAGCCGUCUUGUGCCCGGUUCCAGAAAUUGAUUAUUCUUUGUUUCUGAAGAUGAAGAGGAAAGCGUCAAAAGUUGGGAAACUGAGGCUUAGUCCUAAUGAAGAAACCAUGCUUCUGAAAGAAGAAUAUGAAAGAAGAAGAAAGCUGAGGCUGCAGCAAGUCAGAGAGCAACAGAAGUAUAUAUCCUUGCAGAUAAGACAGAAAGUAAAGCAGAGGAGGGAAGAGAAGCUGCAUCAGUUAGAGGAGGCACUGAGAGCUGAAUGGCAGAAAGCACAAGAGGAGAAGAUGAAGGCUUUAGAAAAACUGUUUUUAUCGAGCUUAAGAGCUGUUGGUGAGGGUCACCGACAAGCCAAGGAGAAUGAACCUGAUUUAGAAGCCCUGGCAAAGCAAGCAGAGGAGAGGAAGCAAAAAGCAGAGAAGAGACAUAAGAAAGCACUGAAAGAGCAAAAGUUGCAGAAAGAGAAAUUACUUCGUGAACAAGCCCGACGAAUAGAUGCACGUAAGCACGCUCUGGAUGUGGAAAGAGAAAGAGCAGCCAGAGUUGCAAGCCUGCCACCUCCUCCUCCACAUCCUCUUGAGAAUCUGGAAGUGAAGAAGAUUGCUGCAAUGAAGGCCCAUGGUGCUGGCAAAUUUUCUGUUACACGUUACCAUAUUUCAGAACCUUACGCAGACAGAGAAAUGGAUGCAGAACAGCCAGAUGCUCGGUUGGCGGCCGAAGAGGAGGUGAAGCAUUUGAAGCAGCUACACGAAGAGGCAGAGAGGGAGAGAAGAGAGCAGCUUGAGAAGGCGCAUCUCAGAGGAAGUCAUGCCUUGAAGAAGGUCCAUUUGGCUCAGGAUAGGGAAAGGCUAUUGAAGGAACUGGAACAAAUGCAGAGAAUGGAUCGAAUGCGCAGAAGACAGAUGGUAGCACAGAUGCCACCUCAACUUUUUGUACCUGGAUACAAACGCAUGGAAAUGAAAGAAGAGUGGCAGAGAGAAUUGGAGUUUGCCUUUGAAGAUAUGUACAGUGAGGACAGGAAAAUGAAAGGAGACUUGAUUUUGCAGUUUGAACCACAGCCUUUGCCAUCCCCUUCUGAUAGAUCUCAAGAUAAUGAUCUUGAUCUCUCUUUGGAGCAAGAAUGUGUUUGUGACACUCAACAAGAAUCAGGACAGAUGGUGGAGGAGGAGGUCCCUGCUGAAUCAGAAAGUCAUAAAGAGGUAAAACCUCAUCAACCUCAAUCAAAACUUGCCUUGAAGAAAUUGCUGAACAAGAUUAGAAACCAAAAAGAGGAGUGGAUAUCAAAAAGUGGGAAAGAGUUUCCAAGCAAGAUUGAGACUAUUGAAUCAGGCACUAUUGCUGACAAGGAGAGACAUCAGGUUGAUUUAGAUCUGAAUGAUGAGCAAUGCAAAAAUUCUGUAUGUGAAGCCAAAGAGUCCGAGGAGAUGUUGGAACAUAGAGUUGUGCUUGAAAAUUCAGUUCUAAUCCAUCCUCAAGAACAAGCAGCUAAAAUUAGAAUGGAAAAUGAGAGACAGCAGUGGCUUGAGCAAAUAGAGCAACAGAAACAGGAACAGCUGGCCUUGCUGAAACAAAUUGAAGAAGAGAGGGCACAUCUGGAAAUCCAAAUGCAAACCUGUUUGGAAGAAGCUAAGAACAAAAAGGAGGAGGAAGAGAGAAGUCAGCCAGUACAAAGCUGCAGUGUUCCUUCUACAGAUCAACAGAAUAAAGCAGAACAUGAGUCUGGAAGUACUGCUGUGCCAGAAGCCAGAAGUCCUGGAGAAGACAGGCACUUACAGGUGAUUCGUAAUUAUCAACAGCGUCUUCUAGAACAAAAUAGGCUGCACAAACAGACGAUCAAUGAAGCUAGAAUGUGUCUACAAGAAUAUCAGAAUAAAUUGAAGCAAAGAUACUUGACUGAUCCUGUGAAAAUUUUAAGCUCUGUGGAAACAACAUCAGUUAAUUUAAAGCUUAUCUCAGAACCAGUUGAACGGACACAGAGAACACAGUCUAUGCAGACCCAAUCACCUGCAGAAAACCACACACUGUCACUACCUCUUCCCUACAACAUGUGCAAUGUUCCUGAAAAUGGAUCUUCACAGAAACAUGGAGAGAGAAUGCACAGUGUUUAUCCUGAUAGGCACCUACAUUCUCUAGAACCAUCAAAUUUGAAGUUCGGAGAGAUCUGUUUGCCACGGAGCUGUUCUUUGCAGGAACAAGUAGGAAUGUUGGACACCUCCAACAGUGAGGUCAGAGAACCAUCUGUGUUCCAGUUACCAUCAGCAUUGGUCACACAAGAUGUUUCUCCAGCCAGAAUGCAACUGGAAGCACGUGUACAACAGGUUAGAUUUGCCUUACCUGCAGAACAUUCCUCUGAGUCUUCAGAAACAGAGCACUUGAAGGAAUCAGACCUCAGAUGGUCUAACCAUCAAAUGGAAACACAAGCUGAAGAAGAGCCUCCGCCUAUGACACCCCUUAUGGCAGCAACAAAAGGAUGUCCUAUAAUGCAGGCAGCCACAGUUGAUUCUUUGGCUUGUCAGCAGGGGUCUGCAGAGAGCCCCACCAGAACAAGCCUUGAACCCAGCUCUCUUUCUGGACCUGUGUCUUUAUCUCAUGAAGAAGGUGUCGAGGAAUCCUUAGUAUCAGAAGGUGGAGAUGCAUCUUUGUUGAAUUAUUCCUGUAUAGUGAAUUUAAGGGACAGAGCGUUGGCCUCAUCAGAAAGCAUCCAAGCUCAGCAGCAGUAUUUGAAAGAAUUGCAAGAACAGCUAGAUGCACAUAGAGAAGCCCUUCUUUCUAGACAGAAAAUACAAGAACAACUACUUAUACAGAAACAGGAUAAACUGAGGGAACAGAUGCAGAAACAACAAGAGGCUUUGGAAGAAUUUCUGAAGAAGCAGGUAAGACACAGCAAUAUAAAUGGAGUAAUGACAGAGUCACAAAGGCCUGACUGGAUUAGUAAGAGGAGUGACUUUUUCCAGGACUCAGAAAACUACCAGGAAGAGAACUGUGACAUGAGUAAAUUUUACAGAGAUGAAAUGAUUUCACAGUACAUCAGUCUAGCUGGGCAAAUUGAACAGCCUGAAAAAGUUCUGCAUAGAGAACAGAAAUGGAGGUUUUCCAGACCUCCUGUGACAAAAGUGAAGUUGGGGCUUGGUUUGGAGCAGCAUGAACUUAGUGCUAUUCCAGAAGUAGACACACCAAGGAGUUGCAAUGUUUCUUUUGCAGCUAAAACAGGUUCUGCUGGUGGAGAACCUUCUCCAAUUUCAACUGUUGGGGAGUUUGUGCAUAGGAAAUGUUAUGGUGAUGCUCUUCAUGAAGAAGGCAGGUCACCUGGGAGCAUAACAAGCUAUGAGCAGCAAAUCUCUGUUGAAAGCCCAAGGCAAAGCAAACAGCCUGGAUUAUUACAGGAGCUGCUGCUGAUGUCUACUGAAAAUUCAUAUGAUUCAGCUCAGUUCCAAGAUCCUGUUGUGGCUCGAGAUGUGGCAGUUCUUGCUGCUGCAGUUGGAGGGGGCACACUGCAUUCUGGCCCAUCGUUCGGAGGCACUCAUGCGGAAGUACUUUCUAAGGUAGAGCCCAUGGAUGUAGGUUCAGAGGCUUCCAUGCAAGCAAUACCCUGUGAUUUAUCUUCAACUAUUUCCACUGGAAGCUUUUUGACUACUGAAACACUGGAUGUCAGCCCUGUUGACACUGGUAAGUGUUUCAUUGUUCUCAUAAAUGGAAAACUUUAUCACCUGCAAACAUUUGAGGUGGAUUUGGAAAUCUUGCACCUGGCUUGUGGCAACCCCCACUAUCAGUGCAAGCUGGGAGACAAAAGGACAGGGCACAGCCCUGCUGGGAAGGACUUUGGAGCACUGGUGGAUGGGAAGCUGGACACGAGCCAGCAGUUGUAUCAGUGUGUAUGUUUUGUACUGGGAAACCCAGAACAGGACAAUGCUUCUAAUGCAAUCUCUCAGGUGCUUAACAGAGAGCUUCUUGACCUCAGCACUUUCUUGCAGCAGUUGUACUUGCACUGUGUCAGUGUGAAGGAGUUGAGUGCUGUGAAGAUGUGUUUUUGCAAGCUAGCAUUUGUUUACCUGUGGAAAUCUAUAUCCUCUCCUUUUUCCAUCCACAAGCAAGGUAGGAGAUGUCAGUUUCCAUUUUUUAAAAAUGAUCUCUUUUCUUUUCUUACAGCUCUAGCAGCUGAGUUUGAUUUUCCUGAAACUGAGAGGCAUUUUCCUAACUUCUGCCAUGGGCUAUUUCAGCCUUUGGAACCAAGUCCUGCCUUCAGUGUUUCAUCACCAAUUUCUCACUACAAGAUUCAACAGGGCAACAAAGAAUUGAAGAAGAUUUCAACAUUUGCAACAGAAAGUGAAGAUCAGUCUACGUUUCUAGAAGUGAGAACCUCCAAUUUGAAUAUACAAAGAGGCAGUCUGAUGGGCAGUCUUGAAACAAGCAAGCCAAACAACGUUACAUCAGAAGAGUGUUUCAAAGAGAACGUUGCUCUGGGUUUGCAAGAAUCUUUUCACCCGCUGCAAUUGGAACCUGCUCUGAGCAAUCGCUGUCAGAAUGCUGCUUGGCCAGCAGGCAUUAAUGUGGUGUCAGAGAGCUCCUUGGAACUAAAUCCUGGGAUUAAAAAUGGGUGCAGUGAGAACGGCGUUUCAUCUGACAGACAAUAUGAAGAACUGGUGAGGAGUAUGGAAUGUGUUGGUCUGCAGUGUUCAGUGGAGGAUAUGCGAAACCAAAGUCUGAAUUCGCUGGAAGAACAAAAAUCAUUUUAUCAGCUCAGUACCACACCAGUGACAGUGGAUGAACCUUUCCCUCAACACACAUUGAAAGAGGGCAUAGCAUUCAAAAAAGAGAUUCUGUCUUCUGAAAAAUUACCUGUCAAGGUACUUGAUAGGAAGUACGUGAAGCUCCCUGAAAAAUUAUUUCAUGUACCUGAAGCAGAUAAAGCUGUGGAGGUGGAUUUGCAUUGCAGUACAAAUGCAAAGGAGCCAGGUGAAAGUUUUCUUGAAAUACAAAAGUCUUCAAGGAUUCCUGAAGACAUCAGUUUGGAAGCCCCAGACGUUAAUUUACAGGCAGUAGUAAAACAGAAUGCUUUCUGCUUGGGAAGGCAUGAAAAACACUCUAACUCUGUGGCUGGAGGCUCAUCUCGUAUUCCAAUCUGGGAAACUGAGUCAGGGCGUGGUAUUAUGGAAGAACCUGAACUCACUCUUGUGAGCUCAAAUGACAUCAGUAUUGCAGAAUCAGACACUGAACAUAUGAACCAAGAGGGAAGUAGUGAGGAUAAAACAAAUAACCCGGCAUGUGCAGACAGGUCUGCCGUCAGUGUUCUGACUGAGAAAAGAGAAUUUUUACCACUGGUUCCAGAUGCAGAUUGUUCAGUGCUCGCAAGGCCUGACGGCUCUUCCAAAGCCCACAGUGCUAACGAGGGUCAGUGUCCAUCACAUCAGACUGCAGUGAUGCUGCUGGAGUCUGCUUCUGCACCAGGGAGUUUGCAAGAAUUGUUCUUAAAAAGAAAGAAGGACUUCAUCCAGAAAUCCCUGAGAAGAGUUGAAGAAAUAAAACAAAGAGAGAGAAAAAAUGAAAAGCCAGAAGGCAGACAGUUUCAAAGGAAAAAGUGUGAGGCAUUAAGCAGUCAAAAGGAACGUCGCCUUACCCCUGGGAAAAAAGGUGCAGUUGUCAAUCAGCUGAAGAAAGUAGGAGAAGUGAAAGUAUCUUCUCCAGAAGACAGGAAGGCUGGAGAAGCUGAAAUGUAUCAGCGCACCUCAAGACUUUAUAAUCAACUUUCAGAAGUAAAGAUCAGAAAAGAAGAAAGAACGAGGCAGGAAACUUAUGCUAAAAACAGAGAAAAGGCUAAGGAGUUUCAAAAGAAAAUGCUGGAAAAACUACGAGCUAAGAAGCCAGGGAAAACACCCAGACUAGGAGAAGCCUCUAACCAAGAAACAUUGCUGUGCUGAUACAACUCAGAGUAUUUAACAGUAAGAACUGCAUUAAACUAAUUCAGGUGAUGAGUGACAGAUGCUUUCUACAGUGCCAUCUACUUUUAAUAUGUGGCAACCAGCACUGAGUAGAAUGACACCACAGGAAAGCUUUGUGCCUUAAUGUUUGAAAGAGUUUAUACUACUUGUAAUAUAAAUAUCAAAUAAAGUGUUUUUAAAAAA